UGUCUCUGUCCCCCCCAGUCCUGGAGGUGCACCAGUUCUCCCGGGACGCGGGCGUGGCGGAGGCCUGGCUGCUGGGACAAGAGCCCUACCUGUCCAGCAGGGACAUGGGACAGAGCGUGGACGACGUGGAGAAGCUCAUCAAACGCCACGAGGCCUUCGAGAAGUCGGCCGCCACCUGGGAGGAGCGCUUCUCCGCCCUGGAGAGGCUGACCACGCUGGAGCUGCUGGAGGUGAGGAGGCAGCAGGAGGAAGAGGAGAGGAUGAGGAAGCCUCCGUCUCCGGAGCCGUCCCCGGUCCUUCAGCCCCCAGAGUCUCAGCAGCAGAGCGGCGUCGUCCUUCAGAACGGACUCCUGUCAGACCAGGACUCCCCUCGGGACGGCGUGGACGGAGUGGACAUGGUGAACGGCGUGGGCGAGCGGAGCUCCAAGGAGCCGAGUCCCGGUGCGUCCCCGUCCUCCGGCAGGAAGACGAAGACGAGCCAGUCGUCCACGCUGCCGUCCAGGAACCAGGACAGCUCGCCGUCCCAGCUGGAGGGACACCUGCACCGCAAGCACGAGUGGGAGGGACACAACAAGAAGGCGUCCAACAGGUCGUGGCACCACGUGUACUGCGUCAUCACCAACCAGGAAGUGUGCUUCUAUAAAGACGGCAAGGCGGCGGCGGCCGGCGUCCCGUACCACGGCGAGCUGCCCGUCGGCCUGAAGGACGCCGCGUGUGACGUCGCCUCGGAGUACAAGAAGAAGAAGCACGUCUUCAAGCUCCGAGCCACUGAUGGAAACGAGUAUCUGUUCCAAGCCAAAGAUGAAGACGAGAUGAGCACCUGGAUCCAGGCCGUCCUGAACGCCAGCGCCGCCGGCAGCGACGCGGCGCCCGGCAGCCUCCCCGUGCACGCCGGCGUCCGGGCGCGCUCAGACGCUGCCGGCCGCCGUCACGGUUACCACGGAGACGAGUCCCGGAAGAGAGAGAAGGACAAGGAGAAGGACAAGGAGAAACGCUUCAGCCUGUUCAGCAAGAAGAAGCAGUAGAGACCAGCGGGCUCUGGAGAACUGGCUCAGACGGACGGGGUGGGGGGGGGGGGGUACAACUACUGCAGUACUGUACUUUAGUCUAUAUGUCGAGGUACUUGUACUUUACUCGAGUCUUUUCUUUUCACGUCACUUUCUACUUCUACUCGGCUACAUUUCAGAGAGAAAUAUUCUACUUUUACUUUAAUAAAUUACUUUAGUUACUAGUUACUGUAGUUACUCCACUACAAUCAUCUGACAGCUUUAGUUCCUAGUUACUUUAGUUCCUAGUUAGUUCCUAGUUACUUUAGUUCCUAGUUACUUUAGUUCCUAGUUACUUUACCUUUUCCCUGCAGGCCGAGUACUUGUAGUAUUUUGACAGCGUGGUAUUAGUACUUCCCGGCUGGAGGAGCUGUUUCAGAGCGUGAGUCCAGAUCUGAGCGGCUGCUUUCAGCUUCAUGAAGGUCUUCUUCCUGCUGAGUCCUCCCUGAUAACCCCCCUCCUGCCCCAUGCCCCCCUCCUUGCCCCCCCCCCCCCCCCCCCCGUUCAGAGCUGCGACUCUAACGGUUACUUCCUGGAUGAGCAGCCAAUGGCGGAUGCCGACAGCUGAGCAGUUUCACCACAGGGCCACGUUGGCUUGUUGUUGUUGUUUUGUUUUUUUCUCUCAUGUUGGUUUUUAUAUUUCUGGUUGAUUUUCUUACCGUGGUUCACGGGUGGACCCGUCGUCCCUGAGGACGCGGUCUCCAGCCGGGUGGACCCGUCCCUGAGGAUGCGGUCUCCAGCCGGGUGGACCCGUCCCUGAGAACGCGGUCUCCAGCCAGGUGGACCCGUCCCUGAGGACGCGGUCUCCAGCCGGGUGGACCCGUCCCUGAGGACGUGGUCUCCAGCCGGGUGGACCCGUCCCCGAGGUUGCGGGCGGCGGUUUGAUUCCGAUGUUUAGAAGAAACAGCGGUUCAUCAUCGACAAACCAACAGGAAAAGUAAAGUCACUUAAAGGCCUGAAUUCCCCAAAAUAUUCUUUAAAAAACAAUAACUGAAUAAAUGACAACGCCUCGGCUGGAACGGUUUUCUCGCUCCACCAGUUUGCCGACGACACGCCGCUGUUUCUUUAUGGCCGCCGCCCGGUGAUGUGUUCAGGGACCACACACUAACUUAGAUUUAGAUUAUUUUUUAAUUUUGUUACUUUUGUACUUUUUACUUUUUGUUGUUGAAGUUAUCGAGUUGUUUCUGUCGUCACAGACGACCCUUCUCGUCCUCCGCCGGUGAGAAAUUGGACCAAUAGUGCAUUUUGUUUGGUUAUUUUUGGACUUUGUGUUGGUGUGUGAUGGAGAACUCUCACGUGCAUGCUUCGUCCGGCCUGAAACACUAACCCCCGCUUCCUUUUCUACUUUGGUUCCCUGUCCCAGAUACAGCAGAUGGAUAUGUAGAGGAUCCGGGAUCAUAGGAUGAUUCGUUCUUCAUUUGUAAUCAGAAAAUGAAAUGUGCGGAAAAAAUGUUUCUGGUGUCAGAAUCAAAAAAAAUUUAAAGUCGAUCAGAAACGGACUAUUUUGUUUUUCUUUUCUUUCUUUUCAUCGUUCUUUCUUUGGGAUCGAAGAACGAAAGCGUACACGUACAACUCGUUAUAUCUCGUUAGGAAAGGAAAAGCUAGAAAACCAAAUUCCAAAAUUCAAUCUUCAUUUUGGUUUUUUGCAAAGAAUUUUGAAGAAAGACCGAGAAGUAGAACAGGUAUACAGUGUUCUUAUUUCAUAAUUAUAAUGAAUAUAAUGAUUAAUUAUAAUUACAAAUCAACCCGGUAUUAUCCAGUGAUAGUAGACCUGUGAGUGUGUACAUCGUGUGUACAUUGUGUACAUCCUAUGUACAUCGUGUACAUUGUGUGUAUAAUGUGUACAUCGCGUACUACAGACAGGUGGACAUGAAGGCUGCUUUGCUCUCUGCUCUCGUUCAGAUUUUCUGCUCUUUGAUACUCGUGAUGCUGCUGUAUAUUUAUCAUACUG